AUGCUUGAGAGGAACUCCACCGAGAAAUUCGACUACAAAGGAUUCAUCGUCAAACGAGGCGAUGUAAUGGGUUCUUUGAAAUUCUCCUGGGGAAAAGCUUUCAAGAAGUCAGGAUCGAUAAUGAUCGGAACAUCACCCGAAUACGACAUGGCAUUAUUUACUAUGUGUUUCCUUUCAAGAAGAGGAAGGGAAUUGUGUCAGGUGUACAUCGGUACCGUAUAUCCCACUGCUGGAAAAAUGACAGAUUCAUGCGGAAGAACAUAA